CCCAUCGGGACAACAAGUUCAUUGUGUUUGAGAGCUGCAUCAUGGAGUUGUUCCAAAAAUGUGGACUCUGCACACGGCCAUGUGAUGUCAGGACACAGAGGCUGGGGACGUUCCUGUCGGUGAAGCAGGAGUGCACAAAUUGUGAACGCACAAGACACUGGAAUAGCCAGCCUGUCCUUGGGAGCACACCUGCCGGCAAUCUACAGCUUUCAUCUGCUGUAUACAUAAGUGGAGCAUCCUUCAUCCAAAUCGAAAAGGUCUUCAAUGCUAUGAACCUUCAGCUGUUCUGCUACGAAACCUUUCGUCGCCAUGCCAGAGCGUUCAUCGAACCGGCAAUUCUACACCACUGGAAGGUGAUGCAGGACACAACUCUAGAGCGGCUAACCCAGGAAGGCAACGUGAUCCUCGGUGGUGACAUGAGAGCAGACUCUCCAGGUCACUCUGCAAAGUAUGGGAGUUACACAAUGAUGGACUUACGUACUAACACCAUUGUGGACAUUCAGUUGGUUCAAAGCAAUGAGGUUGGUGGCAGCAGCUACAUGGAGAAGGAGGGCCUGAUCCGGAGUCUGAACUUCUUGGAGGCGUGUGGUAUUGACAUUGACUGCAUCAUCACAGACCGUCAUCCACAAGUGCAGAAGUACCUCAGGGAGAGCAACGUCAACCAUUAUUAUGAUGUCUGGCACUUUGCAAAAGGAUUCUCCAAGAAGCUGGAAGCCAUCAGUAAGCAAAGGGAUUGUGAGAAGAUGAAGAAGUGGAUAAGAGGCAUCAACAACCACGUCUAUUUCACGGCAUUGGGCACCACCUCGGGGGAAGAGAGACUUGCGAAGUGGACUGCUAUGCUUAACCACGUCCAAGACAUCCACACCCACGAGGAUCCGCUCUAUCCUGCGUGUGAACAUGCAGCCCGCCAGACGAGAGAUCCUACAAAGUACCUCCAUCCAGAAACUGUGGUCCUCAGCAAGUUGGAUAAGCUGAUGAACAGCACAAGAACGCUGAAUGACGUGGCAAAACUCAGCCCACAUCUCCAAACUUCGUCAUUAGAAGCUUUCCAUGCUGUCAUCCUCCGAUUUGCCCCAAAGAAUGUUGUCUUUCCCUAUAUUGGAAUGCUUUGCAGACUGUACUUAGCAGCCAUCCACUUCAAUGAAAAUGCAAAUCGACCACAGGCCCAGACAGCAGACGGUGAACCUCUCUUCAAGAUCUCUUUUCCCAAAUCCAAGAAGGGAGAGUGCACUGUUAAGCGCCAGAAGACUCCACCAACCUUUGGGUACGUUGAUGUCCUGAUGGACCUAAUUCUGGAGAAGGUCUUUGUCAACCCUGCACCCUAUACCGACGCGAUGAAGGCCAUGCGUGUCCCAGAGGACCUGUCUGCACAGUUCAAUCGGCCGGAUAAGGAGGAGGUCAUUGGGAGCUUCCUGUCGAGAUUCACACGUGGGGGAGUCUGA